AAAGGGCCGCAGGUGAACAUUGAAGUUUUGAUCAGAUCACAGAGGGAAAGUAAAGUUUUCUUGAGAAAACAACAGGAGGAAGAGAGAAGAGAAGCAAGUCCUAUGGCUUCCGAGGAAAUAAAGACGCUGACAUUGGCUGCGACAAGCGGAAUAGAAGCUGAGAAUAAUGCUACUGAAAUUACAAGAGACUUCAACGACCCAGAGACCUCUGUGGUGACAGAACUGCAGCUUUCAGAGAUAAGUGAUGACGUAGGUACUUGCUGGCGUGAGCUUGGACCAAAGCUUGAUAUCCCUGCAGCAAAGAUCCAAAACCUGGACGACGAUUAUCGCUGUAAUCGCGACAAAGCAAACGCCUUACUCCUCAUGUGGAAACAGAAAGAAGGGAGCAGUGCAAUUGCAGGACGUUUAGCGGAUGCUUUGGUAAGCAUUGGAAAAAAGUGCAUUGCAGAAAUGCUACUUGGAGCGGAUGAUGCGAAAGUGCUGAGGUGUGGAAACAUUCCCAAGGGUCACGUUAUCAGUUUAACAGUUAUUCAUGACCUGGGUGAAGGGCUUGAUAAGCUUAUGGUGUGCGAAGAUGCGCAGGGAAAUAAAUUCAUGGUUAAAGCAUUCAACAGCAGAGACAAUUUUUUGAAAUUGGAAGAGACACUUGUGAGCAAGAGAUUUUUAGAAACUGUUGUUGUGGCGAGACAGGAAAGUCUAAAGCGCUAUAUUUCAUCGGAGCUUCAGGACCUGAGACUCCAAAUGAAGAAAGGGCAACUGGCUUGUGGAAAUGGUGAUAAAACAGAUGGUAUUCAAGAUGCCUCUAAAGACAAAACAGAGCCCACAAGCAGCUUAUUGAAUGAGGAAGUGGAUCCACCAAACGAUGAAAGCGUGGAAAAAUUGCUAGAGUCAUGUGAACAACAUCGCUACUAUUUUCAGAGAAUGUUUGACGCUCUUAUCAAGCUGACUGGCGAGGUUGGACAACAAAAUGAAGAUAAUGUUGAUUGCAUUGAAAAACUAUUGGAAUUUACUAGGGAACUCAAGCAAAAGGAAACAACACUUUUCUCCAAAAUCGAGUCGGUAGGAACUCAGAGCCAAAUCAAGGACAAGCAGCACGCGAAUCGAGUUGAGGAAUUACAAAAAUGGAAAACACAACAUGAGUUGCAAUUCAAGGAAAUUGAAAAGCUACUGUCAUCAGGACUACUUUAUCAAAGGACAACAGAGAGAAAGCCGAGUUAUAAAGGGAGGCUGCCCUCUCACAAGGAAACUGUGCCAAAACGUCAAUCAAAAUCUCUUCCAGGAUACGGAAGGAAGAGUCUCGGACAUUGUUCAGAAGGUGACCUACCAGAAGAGACUAGAGCGAAGGGUCUCAGACAUUGUUCAGAAGGUGACCUUCCAGUAGAGACUAGAGCGAAGAAUCCCUUGUUGAGGCUGAGAUCGGGAGACAAAGAAGCUUGCGUCCUCCUAUCAAUCUCAAAACUCUCCUGCGAUGAAGAACAUCAAACAAUAGAUUCGGGAGCAAGAGAUAACACAAAAGAAUUCAUCGCCUAAUAUUGCUUAAAAUGAAAAAAUUUAAAGAUAUUGAAUGGAGCACACUAUCGUCUUUAAUUUUGUUCAUCACUUAUUCUAUUGUCACUCGAUUGUGCGAAGAUAUUUAGUGCAGCAUAUUUUUAUUUGAAACUGAUAUAAUGUAAAGAAAAAUAAGAAUGUCAAUAACUGACGAUAGAAAGUCCUUGUUCGCCUUGUUAU